UGUGUGUUGAAAGUGAAUAUAAAGAGAAAGUGUCAAAAUGUGUAUUUUAUGAAACUAAAAUUACUGGUUAAUUAUUUUUAACAUUCUUCCACAUUUUUAAUAGACGCAAUGAAAUUUAUAAUGUGUAAUUUAUAUUUGUAAAUGGCAAACAAAUUAUGUCUUAUUUCAAACAAAAGAUUCACCUACUUUACUCAAAGGGGACAAAAAAAUGCUUAUCUACAAUCCGUUAACUAUCUUUAUGAAUAAAAAGAGGAUGUAAAUUGACUGUUUUUUACACUCAAGUAAAUUAAAUGACACUUUCAAGGAGCACAACGAGCAGAGGCAUUGAUUCUCGAACAUAUUACACUCUCAAGGCUCUCAAGAAUAAUUUUUAGGUUAUGUUUUGAGAACAAUGAUGAUUUUUAAAUUUUCUAUUGAUAAGAACCUAUUUCGUAAAUUAAUACUUUAGUAAAAGAAAAACGAAUCAUUACAAGAAAUUCAGGAAAUAUAGUCAAUAUGAAAGUCAAUCAUUUGGAGGAGACACACAAUAAUCAUGAGUUGAAAAAUUUAUUAGGAAACAAAUCCAACAACUCUGGUGCCUGUACUGAAACACUGUUACAAAAUAAGAAGGAUGAAGGUGAAGAUGAAGCCUUUCAAGAGACGGAAGUUCCGGAUGAAAAAAUAUCAAGUAAAAUUGCUUCAAUAAAAAUUGGCAUUGAAGGAAUGAGUUGUCAGAGUUGUGUAAAAAAUAUCGAAGGAACAAUAGGAAAUCGACCCGGUGUUAUUACCAUAAAAGUUAUAUUGGAAGAUAAAAUUGGCCAAGUGACGUACAAAAGUGAUGAAAUAUCCUCUAGAGAAUUAAUUGACGCUAUCAGUGACAUGGGUUUUGAUGCUUUUUUAUCGGGAGACGAAAUUUUUAACAAUAAGGACUCUAGUCUUAAAUCUAAUUUAAGUAAUUGUAGAAUACACAUCGAUGGAAUGACUUGUAAAUCAUGCGUUAACAAUAUCACAGGUAUGAUAUCGGAAAAGUCCGGAGUGAAGGAAAUUCAUGUUAGUCUAGAGGCAAAGGAAGCUAAAGUUUCAUUCGACAGUAACGAAAUAAGUGCAGAUAAAAUAGCGAAUUACAUCGAAGAUAUGGGUUUCGAUACGUACGUGAAAGAAGUUGACGGUCAAGGGGAGAAUAAAUUAGAAAAUGUCGAUAAAACUAAGCAAAUGGAAAAGUCGAUGAAAAAAAUAAACGGCGCAGGUGAUGUGAAGUCGGAAAAAAGUCUCGCCAAAUGCGUCUUGCAUGUACAGGGCAUGACCUGCGCAUCUUGUGUAAAUGCAAUAGAAAAACACUGCAAAAAAUUGUACGGAGUUGACAAUAUUUUAGUAGCGCUAAUGGCAGCGAAAGCAGAGGUAAAAUUCGAUCCUGAAAAAAUAAGUCCAAUUGAUAUUGCCGCAAGUAUUUCCGAUCUUGGAUUUCCGACCGAGGUCAGUGAUCCAGGAACUGGAGAGAGUGAAGUCGAAAUUUCCAUCACAGGAAUGACGUGUGCAUCGUGUGUAAAUAAAAUAGAAACCCACGUGAAAAAACUUCCCGGUAUGCAAAUGUCGGUCGUUGCACUAGCAACUCAACGAGGAAAAUUUAAAUACGAUUCAGAUAAAAUUGGAGUGAGAGAUAUUUUAGAAUGCAUUAAUAAAUUAGGAUUCAAUGCCAAUUUAUUGAGCAAUAAACAAAACGAAAAUCGAGGUUAUUUGAAUCAAAAAGAAGAGAUACAAAAAUGGAAAUCGGCAUUCUUGAUAUCGUUGAUAUUCGGAGUCCCAUGUAUGAUUGCAAUGACGUAUUUUAUGUUGGUCAUGUCCGUUGGUCAUAAAUCUCAUGAAGAUAUGUGUUGCGUAAUUCCCGGUGUGUCAUUGGAAAAUCUCAUUUUAUUCAUAUUCUCUACACCCGUACAGUUCUUUGGUGGGUGGCAUUUUUACGUGCAAGCAUAUAAAGCUCUCAGACAUGGAUCCACCAAUAUGGAUGUUCUAAUUUCCAUGACAACAACAAUAUCCUACGUUUAUUCUGUUUGUGUUCUCUUAGCCGCAAUUAUAUUACAAGAAAGUGUCAGUCCACAAACAUUUUUCGAUACACCGCCAAUGUUACUUGUUUUCAUUAGUUUAGGAAGAUGGCUCGAACAUGUUGCAAAGGGAAAGACGUCGGAAGCACUUUCGAAGCUUCUCUCUCUAAAAGCAACGGACGCAGUUCUCGUCACAUUGGGAACGAACAGAGAAAUUCUCACUGAACGUGUAAUAAGCGCAGAUCUGGUGAAACGUGGCGAUUUCUUAAAAGUUGUUCAAGGUUCAAAAAUACCCGUCGAUGGCCGAGUAAUAUCGGGGCAUUCGGCUUGUGAUGAGAGUUUAAUUACCGGUGAGAGUAUGCCAGUGACGAAAAAAAUUGGUUCCGUUGUAAUUGGAGGAUCGAUUAAUCAAAAUGGACCACUUUUGAUUGAAGCAACGCACACCGGUGAGCAUACAACUUUGGCGCAAAUUGUUCGCCUCGUGGAGGAGGCCCAGUCGAGUAAAGCGCCAAUUCAACAGUUGGCGGAUAAAAUUGCUGGAUACUUUAUUCCACUCGUAAUAUCCGUUUCAUUCAUUACACUAGUGGUGUGGAUAACAGUUGGUUAUAUUAAUUUUGAUGCACUACCCAUCACACACAAUGAGCAAAUAAUGAAGACUAAUUUGGGUCGAUUGGAAAUUAUUUAUCAGUAUGCUUUCAAGUGUGCACUGUCCGUUUUGGCGAUAGCUUGUCCUUGCGCUUUGGGAUUAGCGACACCGACCGCCGUCAUGGUGGGCACUGGUGUUGGUGCUUUGAAUGGAAUUCUAAUCAAGGGUUCAGAACCACUCGAAAAUGCGCACAAGGUGAAAUCAAUUGUAUUCGACAAAACUGGAACAUUAACCAAUGGCGUGCCGGCAGUCACGAAAAUUUGUUUAUUUGUCAACGAGAAAGUUUGUUCGAUCGUUAAAUUAUUGGCGAUUGUUGGAACCGCGGAAAUUAACAGCGAACAUCCAAUCGCUUCUGCAAUUGUUCGCUAUGUGAAGGAAACAAUCGGAACUGAAAUAAGUGGCAAAUGUUCGAAUUUCCAAGCAGUCGCUGGUUGUGGACUGAAGUGUAAAGUUUCUUAUCUGAACGGAACAAUUUCAUCAGCAUUACGUUCGGAGAAAGUCAUUAAUUAUAUGAAUCAAUCGAGAAAUUAUAAUUCUGGUUCGUUUGAUUUGAAUUCGGUUCCAAUUGAUGUUGUCGCUCUGAUUAAUUCAACUCGGGAGAAUCAAAAUAUUGACUUGGAAUUGCUACUGAAUCCUGAUUCGCAAGGUGAUCAGAUUGAUGUUGAUUUAUAUGAGAUAUGCAUUGGCAAUCGGGAGUGGAUGAGAAGAAAUGGAAUUAUUAUUGAGCAGGAAGUUGAUAAUAGAAUGAUUGACGAAGAAAAUUUGGGACGUACGGCUGUUUUGGCGGCAAUAAAUAAUAAUUUAGUGGCGAUGAUUAGUGUUGCCGAUAUGGUGAAACCUGAGGCACAUUUGGCCGUUUACACAUUGAAGAGAAUGGGUUUGGAGGUGAUUUUAUUGACAGGCGAUAAUAGAAAGACUGCCGCAUCAAUUGCCAGACAAGUUGGUAUUAGCAAAGUUUUUGCUGAAGUGCUUCCCUCGCAUAAAGUGGCGAAAAUUCAAAGGCUACAGGAGAAGGGAGUGAGAGUUGCGAUGGUUGGCGAUGGCGUUAAUGAUAGUCCAGCACUUGCUCAAGCUGAUGUUGGAAUUGCGAUAUCUUCGGGUACUGAUGUUGCGGUUGAAGCUGCUGACGUCGUUCUAAUGAGGAAUGAUCUACUGGAUGUAGUCGCGUGUUUGGACCUCUCCCGAAAAACGGUGAAUCGUAUAAGACUGAAUUUCCUUUUUGCCAGUGUUUACAAUUUAUUAGGAAUUCCGAUUGCCGCUGGAGUCUUCAGUUCAUUCGGAUUUCUUCUUCAACCUUGGAUGGCUUCCGCUGCCAUGGCUCUCAGUUCCGUUUCAGUGGUCGGAAGUUCUCUACUCCUUAAAUUAUAUCGAAAGCCAAACAAAACAAGUCUAGAGACAGUAGAAUAUUUAGCAGCGAUGAAUGCAAAUACCGCGGCUAGAACGCUAGACGCUGACGCGAUUUCCCUUCAUCGAGGAUUGGACGAUACAGUGUCAAUAGCAAUGCGGAGAUCAACGUCCACGAUAUCCAGAUUGUUUAAUAAUCGCGCAAAAGAAGAGAUUGAAGGUUGUCUUCUAUACAACGAUGGAGACGAUCUUGUUACAGUCGAUUUUUCGAACUGUCAAAAAAAAGAAAAAAUCGUCUCGGACAUAACUAAUCUCUAAAAUAUAUUAUAUUCUAGUCGUGAGAAUUUGUUUAUUCAGUUAUCAAAUGUGCUGGUCGUAGAAACAAAAUAAAGAAUAUUGGUAAGGCUGUCAUUUGUAAAUAAUGAAUUCGUCUGGAAUGAGUUCUUCGAAAACUAAGACUAAAAAGAAAUUCUAUUUUGUAAAAAAAAAGAGUAACAGAACUUUCUAAUAUUUAAGGACUAUUAACAAUAUUUUAUAAAUUUUUAACU